CGUGUGUAUGUAGAGAUGUAGUGCUCUGGUUUGCAGGGUGCUGCUUCUGUAAGUUUCUCUAUUAUUAACCCUAUGGGAAAGCUUUUUCUUUACAGUAUAGUGACGUAUGGUGGACUGUCCCCUGCCUCCUCCUCCUCCUCCAGAUGCUCCAGGGAGUCUCCUGUGUGGGAUCCAAAACAGUGUUAAAGAGUGACAAGACAUGGUGUCAGCAGCUGCAGAGCAACAAACAGGGAUCUACAAGCAAAGCACCACACACAUAGCUCCAGGAUGGAUCCUGAGCGUCUUUUCACCAAGCUGGAGCGCAUUGGGAAGGGCUCAUUUGGAGAGGUGUAUAAGGGCAUAGAGAAUCGCAGUAAAGAAGUUGUGGCCAUCAAAAUUAUUGACCUGGAAGAGGCAGAGGAUGAAAUUGAGGAUAUUCAACAGGAAAUUACAGUGCUGAGCCAGUGCGACAGCCCAUAUAUCACUCGCUAUUAUGGAUCUUACCUAAAGGGAUCGAAGCUGUGGAUAAUAAUGGAGUAUUUGGGAGGAGGUUCUGCUCUGGACCUGCUGAAACCAGGCCCUCUGGAAGAGGCCUAUAUUGCCACCAUACUGCGAGAAAUCUUAAAGGGACUAGACUAUUUGCAUUCGGAGAGGAAGAUCCAUCGAGACAUUAAAGCGGCAAAUGUGUUGUUAUCAGAGCAGGGUGAUGUGAAGUUGGCAGAUUUUGGUGUAGCAGGUCAGCUGACUGACACCCAGAUAAAGAGGAACACUUUUGUGGGAACCCCAUUCUGGAUGGCACCUGAAGUUAUCAAGCAGUCUGCCUACGACUUCAAGGCAGACAUCUGGUCUUUGGGGAUCACAGCUAUUGAGCUGGCCAAAGGAGAGCCCCCGUACUCAGACCUUCACCCUAUGAGGGUCCUGUUCCUGAUUCCUAAAAACAGCCCUCCGUCUCUCCAGGGCCAGUACAGCAAACCAUUCAAAGACUUUGUUGAGGCGUGUCUGAACAAGGAUCCUCGAUUGAGACCUACAGCACGGGAGCUGCUGAAACACCGCUUCAUAAUAAGAUACACUAAGAAAACAUCCUUCCUUGUGGAACUGGUGGAAAGAAACAAGCGCUGGAAAUCCCAGGGCCACCGUGAGGAUUCUAGCUCAGAUGAGUCUGACAUGGACAAUGAAGAUGAGCGGAAUCAAAACCAAACUCCCAUCUGGUCAUUUCCAGAAACCAUCUGUGCCAAGUCCAUGAGCCGAAUGCAGUGGGGCUGUCAAAAGCCAGCAGAAGUCAUUCAUCGAUUGCCGCGGUCACGUUGUCUAUCCGCCCUUGUAACACCAGUAUUCCAAGAGCUAAGAGAACAGCGAAGUGCAGGGGCAUUUGGUUCGGUGCAGGAGCUGGAAAAUGCGUUUAGCCUGGCAGAGGAGUCGAGUCCUGGAAUUACAGAUUUGCUGAUUUCUCACCUGGUGCAGCGAGUGCAGAGGUUCUCCACGGCACCAUGAAUUCUACAUCCAGCCAAAAGCAUGUGCCAUGGAAUUCUGGGACUGUACUGUGACAGCUCAGAUAUACAAACUACGCCAUAACAUAUUAAAGAAUGUAUCCAUUAUUUUUCAGAAGCAGUUUCUCAUGAGCCACUCUGUUAUGUACAAAUAAACUGACAUUUCAUACAGAUGUUUUUGGAAGAGGUAUGUCUUUUUCCUACCUUAAUUAUAAUGUGACUACUUUGGGUAAGUUGGAACUAGUAGAAAUGCAAAUAUUUAAACAAUAACCACAAAAUAUCACAA